AGGCAUACUGUCCAUUUCCCAGGUCCCCACAGUCAUGUGACUUGUGCUCUGAUACACUUCAGUCGCUCUUUGCUGCUGCACUGCAAGUUGGAUUGAGAUCACCGGACUCCACCCCUCCCCCACCCUGCAGCCCAUAAACAGAAUAAUAGGAACGUAAUCAAAUAAACAGCACUCAAAGUAAUAUCCAGGUCCCACUGCGACACAUUUAGUUACAUUGAGUAGGAGAAAUAACAGCCUGACAGAAAUCAGUUCCAUUGUAAAGUGCUGGCUCUUUCUGAAAGCACACGACCAGGCAAUAUGACCGGAGAUGCUCAUACACCACACACAAAAUACACUUGUUGGGUUAGGUAUGAAAUUUACAUGGUUGAGUGAAUUAUUUGCAGUGUAAUUUGGAAAUUAAAACUACACCCAUCAAAAUCCUGGCAGAAUCCUUUUGAUUAUUGGGCCUGUUUUAGUUGUAUUCUUUUUCCUCCCAUUCCUGGUGGUAUCCCAUUUAAUUUUGUUCAAUUGUAAUUGCUGACACGUCAUUUGUAUAAUACAAUUUGCACUCUAUACAAUUCUACUGCCGGACCCUCAUAUCCAAUUGCAGUGUCUCUGAAGGGAUUGCUUUGCAUUAAAAACCUGUCUGGAAGUUUGGACUCUCAACUUUUAAAGCAGACAGCUGCUCAUUUUUGUAUCUUGGCACAGCCCUUGAAUGCAAGGCAUCCACUGUGCUGUGGAUUGUAGCUUGACUGACAGUGCCAUGUGGCCGGUUUGUCUGCAAAGUGGCUAUUUUUGUCUGCCGAGCAGUGGCCUUUUUAUUAAGAGAUAUUGCAAUCUGUUGUGGGCUGCUUAAAGCAUCGUAACGAGCCGACAGCAGAGCAUGCUUGUAGAAUGGGCUGUUGUUUUAGUAAAGAGUUGUGUCCGCGCAAAACCAUUGAAAAGACUGGAUUGUUUAGUACGGCAUCAUGCGAUGACUUGGGACAAAUCCCUCCUUCAGAAUAUGAGGAGAUCCUGGAUUUUCAGGCAGAAGAAAAGUCAUCUGACUAUUUAAAAACUGCCGUUUCCAUCCCGGGAGAUGUGCCUUCCUCCACCUUAAAUUCGGACCUUCGAAGUCAUUCAAGAUAUACUUGCUACAACAGCAUGGAUGAAAGUCAGCCUUCGCAGAGAUCAAGCCGAUACAGGUCAGACAACUUUUUAUACCCUUUAAACUGUGCACCUCAUGUAUUGGCAAAAUAUGACAGUUUGAAAGAGGCAGAAACCACAGAAGGAUUACACUGUGAAACCUACUCACAUCUUGGUUCUGAGGCUUUAAAGGACCAACACUCACAAGGGAGGGAGACAUGUAACAGUGUAAUCUCUAAUUCUUCUGUUGAAAGAGUUUCACGGCCCGGUUGUGACCGCGGUGCUCCGUCUGACAUAUCACUGACUCCAGAACAAAGCCUGCAGGAAGUUUCCUCCUUAAAAGCACAAGCCUUGGACAUAAGCCAAACCACAUGGAAGGGAUCAUUAGCAGAACAAGCGAGUGAAGAAAAUGAUGCGACCUACAUCUGUCAGGGCAAAACGUUAAUGGACCUCGGUAAAACAAAAAAGCACAUGACUGAAAGCCUGCACUUAGCCGGCUCUGCAGAUGAAAGUGAAAACAGAAAUGUAAGGACUAACACGUUUUAUAGCAUUUGUGUGGUUGAUGCUGAUGAUCUGAAACCUGAUGAAGUGCCUGAAUCCUUUCCAUUGGCAAAUAAACCGCUGCAGCCAGAUUUUUUACGGCACAAAGUCUUAUCUGAUUUAAACCACGUUGGCAAUGGGAUGGUUCUUUCAGUGGAUUUACCAGAUUUGCUCUCGUUUGGUACCGGCAAACCUGAAUGCGUUUGUGAUAAUUCUAAAAAGCUCACUAUAGAUACACGAAUGAAUGAGCACGUGCUAGACAUAGACCAAGGUGGAUCAGAUACAGUUUCCUUCUCUGGUGGCCCAAGUGAUAAGAAAUGCUCCAAAGAGCAGACAAAUUAUAUUGAUCCUUUCCCUGAAGACAUUAAAAAGCUCUCAGAAAACGAGUCAGCCAAUUUACUAUAUCCUUUAAAUGAAUCUGUGCAAUGUAGAGGCCAAGAAUGUUCAGAAGGUGGUUGUACAAAGUACGACAUACAGCCGGUCAAUAACAUUAUUCAUGAUCUAUUUUAUUGUACAGAUUUUGGAACAAAUUCUUGUAAUCCCAUGCUAGGCGAAAGCUCAGAAUCAAUCUCACACCAAGAGUUGUUCUGCAGUAAUGAUCAUUUUGCAGCAUGCUCUGAUGAUUUUAUGAGCAACUCUAGUGCAAAUGAGUUAUUGGAAUCUGAAUCAAUUGCUCGGUGUCCAAUGAAGGAUGGUCUAACGGAAACAUGUUUGCUGGAAAGAGUAGAGCAAUAUUUUAACACAGACCUGGAUAAAAACCUGAAAGAUCCUGUUGAGCUACCCAAACACUUAACUUGUGAAAAAGAAGCGGAGGAUCAUUUCUUGUGUAGCGACUCGUCUCUGGAUGAAGGAAAUGUUGCGUCCAAUCGCCAUUCAGAUUUGACUAAAGAUUUACUGAACAAUAUGUUUACAUUAGAGCCUGACGUCGGGAACAAAUGUGAAGAGUUAAACCCCAUGCCCAGUAACCAUGAAAUUGUUGACGACAACACAGAGCUAAACAGCUUUUCAACGGAGGAACCAGAACACUAUGCAUGUAAUAUGGGACCUUUAGAAGCUGAUUGGCUGCCAGAGGGUUUACCCUCCUUAGAAAUACAGGGCACUUGUUCUCCAGACCAUAUUACCGAAGAGACUUUAAUAAGCUAUGACGUUUCCAGCAUGGGCCAACAUCCAACUAGUGUGCUGUUGGAUUGUGCUUCCAGUGAUCUAAACAUGAAUCCACUAAGUAUAGGGGAUACUACAGAUAUACCAACCGAGAUAGCGUGCUAUGGAUCUUCUAUCAUGGAAGGGAAUGUGGUCUGUGGGGUUAGUUAUUUUGACUUAAAUUCACCAGUUGGAAGUUGUCCAGACAAGGAGGAUGAGCCUGCAAUAAAUUUUUCUGAUGAGACAGAAGAAGGUGGAAAAGAUAUCUAUAGGUUUGGUUUUACAGAAACUACUUUUGAGUUCCUCGGAGAAAGUGAGGUAUUGCAACACAGAUCUCUAGUUUCAGAUGCGCAGAUAGAUUGUAUCAUCCAAAAUGAAGUUGGACAGUUGGUAAUGGAAAUGGCACAAGACCAGGUGACUCAAAAUCAGAAUGUCAAUGAGGCAGAAGACCAGCAUAAUUUUCUAGGUGAGUACGAUGGGCUCUGUAUCAGUAGGGCAGAUUAUGACCAAAGCCAGGUAGAUGAGUAUGCAGCUACACCUUCUUAUGAGAUCUACAGGGUGGCUCAGGAAGCUCCCUGCACUCUAGAAUGCUCACAAUCCAAGGAAGAGCCUAGAUUACAUCUGACACAAGAUCUACUAGAUGAAUCUCUGGCAACGACGCCACCUCUGGAUGACAUCGGCCGGUGCACUUUAUCUGAUGGCAGCUUUGUUGCGAGUUCAGACUAUCCAGUUGACUUCCGAUGGCAUAAUGCUUUAUUAGAAAACCUAAAUGGAAAUGAUGGAGACCACUACAGCGACGAGAACCUUAAUAACUUGGCCGAUGUCUCCACCGCAAAAUUUCCAUUUCAUCUCUUAGUUCCAGAAAGUAACAGCAUCUGGGGAUGGCAAGAAAUGUUUUCCAAAUCCGAAUCAACCAAGGUCUCAGAGUUAAACCCCAAUGCUAAAGUAUGGGGGAAUGCCAUGUUAAAUGUAGAAGCUGGAGGUCCUGCUGAUGGAACUGUGGGUCCAUCCUGGGAAGAGUUGCCCGAUGAACCCCCGGAUUCUUCCAGAGAAGGCCUGGACGCCAGUGAAGACAGUGACAAGAAAAGUCAAAAUGCAGCGUUAACAGUGUUACAAGAAGUACCCCCAUCAGUUUCUGUAUCAGACAGAACAGACAUGAACACUAUAUCUCUGGGAAACUCAGAAUAUGAAUCUAUGCACGAAACCACCCAUUCAGGAGCAGAUGAUCUGCCACAGCCAGAAGGUCAAGAAGACCUCCGUGAUUUGCUUAAGAAAACACUGGAAUUUUGCUUAUCCCGAGAGAAUCUGGCCAGUGACAUGUACCUAAUAUCACAAAUGGACAGUGAUCAAUAUGUGCCAAUUAUGACUGUAGCGAAUCUUGACCUUGUCAAAAAACUCAGCACUGAUAUGGAUCUAAUCGUGGAUGUGUUACGAUCUUUGCCUCUGGUGCAAGUGGAUGAGAAAGGAGAGAAAGUCAGACCAAAUCAGAAUCGGUGCAUUGUGAUUCUACGGGAGGUUCCUGAAUCUACUCCUAUUGAGGAGGUGGAAGCCCUCUUCAAAGGAGAGAAUUUGCCUAAAUUUAUCAACUGUGAGUUUGCCUAUAAUGACAAUUGGUUCAUUACGUUUGAAUCAGAAGCUGAUGCGCAACAGGCUUACAGAUACCUCCGAGAAGAGGUAAAAACAUUUCAAGGGAAACCUAUUAAGGCGAGGAUAAAAGCAAAGGCGAUCGCUAUCAAUACAUUUUUGCCAAAGAAUGGUUAUAGACCAGUGGACAUGAACUUGUACGCACAGCAGCGCUACACGACGUCCUUCUACAUACCUCCAGUGUACAGCCCCCAGCAGCAGUUUCCUCUCUACAGCUUAAUUACACCUCAGACCUGGUCUACUGCACACAGCUACCUGGACCCUUCUUUGGUUGCGCCUUUCCCUAAUACUGGAUUCAUCAAUGGGUUUACGUCUCCAACAUUCAAGCCUGCCACUUCUCCUCUAACUACUCUUAGACCAUAUACACCAAGGAACAGGAAUCCUGGCAAAUCACAUCUACGACAUACAAUACCAAGCACAGACAGAGGGCCAGCACUUCUCGACGGGCCAACUAUAUUCAACUUUACUACUGACCGAUUAAUAAAUGGGGUGCGUACUGCCCCCACACGGCAACCGGGACAAAACAGAACACGGAUGCAGAAUGCGUCUACUUUUGUGAAGAGAGAUAUUGGUACGGGCCGGGUGGAGCCAACAAAUAUUGAUACUUCACCUGGCCUUGGACGAGGGAGGAAAAAUUCCUAUGGCUACAGAAAGAAGAGGGAAGACAAGUUUUCGAGAGGUCCAACACAGUCCCCUCCACCUAUGAAGCCUCCCUCUCCUAGCUUUGAAUUGGGAUUGUCUAGUUUCCCGCCUUUACCUGGUGCUGCUGGAAAUUUAAAACCUGACGACUUCUUUGAAAACAGAAUGUCUAAUAUGGUGAUAAGUACAUCGAAAGAAAAGAACCUCAAUGUGGAUGCAAGUACAAACACUGUUCCGUCUGGAAUCCCCCGGGAGCCAUUGUUGCCUAUUCCUGCUGCACUGCCAGUAACUUUCCAGAGCCCACCUUCCCCAUCACAUUCUCCAGAUGAAUCAAAGAUGGUUGACGUUCAGCCAAGAGAGUCUCCUACUAUAGAAAGGAUUUCUGCCACUCUAACCACUGCUAGCAAAUCUGUUCAAGUCAAUGGAGCUGCUACUGAAUUAAGAAAACCCAGUUAUGCAGAAAUAUGCCAGAGAAGUAAGGAUGCAGCACCCACAUCACAGCCUUCAAAGGAUCAGAAGCAAAACUCGACAGUUUGCGUGAAAGAAGAAAAAAGGCUCGCUGAAGCACCAACCGAAAAGUCAAGGGAGAACCCACCUCCCAAAUCAAACCCAGGGCGGCCCAAAGACCAGAGGAGACUAUCAGGUCGCAGGUCUCCUCCUCUGGCCAUUGGAAAACGUGUGAAUAAGGAACCCGGCAGCCCUCUGACAUCUCCUUAGUAAGACCAUGGCCAGAAGGAGACCUAAGCAUCACACCCUUAUGGUUGUACCCCACUCAAGUACAAUGAAAUGAGCUGCUGGAUUAACAUAGGUAGCAAUGGGCAUAUGAGACGCUUCUCUAAAGUAUAAGCAAACCUUUAAAAUAAGUGAAUGUAAAAUUGAUGAGGGUGCUAUUCUAGGAACUUUUGCAAUUUACAUUCAUUAUGUAUAUAUUUUUUUUAUCUCAAGAUAUUAAGGGAUACAUG